UUACGCUUCUGGGGCCUCCUCGCGAAAGCGACCGUAACAAAAAAUGUUUCAUCAUCGAUCUAGAUGAAACUCUCGUGCACAGUUCCUUCAAGGCUGUUGAAAAGGCGGACUUUCGUGUGGGUGUGGAGAUAGAUGGAAGUAUCCACCAAGUAUAUGUUCUCAAGCGACCGUUCGUUGAUGAAUUCCUUCAGGCGAUGGCUGACAUCUACGAAUGCGUACUAUUCACAGCCAGUCUGUCAAAGUAUGCCGAUCCCGUGGCGGACUUCCUCGACAAGUGGAACGUUUUCCGGUAUCGGCUUUUCCGUGAAGCCUGUGUGUAUCACCGUGGCAACUACGUUAAAGACCUGGCUCAAAUUGGUCGCCCUAUCGAUCAAAUUGUCAUCCUGGACAACUCUCCAGUCUCUUACAUGUUUCAUGCCACUCACGCGGUACGCAUCGUCCUUUUUAUGCCUUUAAGGUAUCCCAAUAACGACCUUUUGUUACAUUUAAUAAUACCAGGUAGGGAGAUGGUAGGUAGUCAGGAUUGGGUUUACUCUUCAAGGCUCCUUGUUACUUCUAUUUAA